GGCCCCCGGCUCAGGGCGCCUCUCCCAUUCCCUCUACUCUCUCGGCCUGGCAGCGGCAACACGGGCGGCGAAGGGCUCGGCCAUGGGCACCAACGUGCCGCCGCGCCGGGAGCCGCCCGCCCAAGGUCCCCAUGAACUGUAUUUCAAGAAUCUUUCAAAACAGAAACAAAAAGAAGACAUGGAGAAGAAUGGAAACAACCACAAACUUCGUGUUUGUGUUGCUACUUGCAACCGUGCUGAUUAUUCAAAAUUAGCUCCUAUUAUGUUUGGUAUUAAGGCAGAACCACAGUUCUUUGAGCUUGAUGUCGUAGUGCUUGGUUCCCACUUGAUUGAUGAUUAUGGUAACACUUAUCGCAUGAUUGAACAAGAUGACUUCGAUAUUCAUACAAGAUUGCACACUAUUGUGAGAGGGGAGGAUGAGGCAGCCAUGGUGGAAUCAGUAGGACUUGCAUUAGUGAAGUUACCAGAUGUCCUGAACCGCCUGAAACCUGACAUAAUGAUAGUUCAUGGUGACAGAUUUGAUGCUUUGGCACUAGCCACAUCUGCAGCCCUGAUGAAUAUUCGCAUUCUUCACAUUGAAGGUGGGGAAGUCAGUGGGACCAUUGACGACUCUAUUAGACAUGCUAUAACCAAACUGGCCCAUUACCACGUGUGCUGCACACGGAGUGCAGAGCAGCAUUUGAUAGCCAUGUGUGAAGACCAUGAUCGCAUCCUGUUAGCAGGCUGUCCUUCAUAUGACAAGCUUCUCUCUGCCAAAAAUAAGGACUACAUGAGUGUUAUACGCGUAUGGCUAGGCGAAGAUGUUAAACCCAGAGAUUAUAUAGUUGCUCUGCAACAUCCAGUAACCACAGAUAUUAAACAUUCCAUAAAGAUGUUUGAACUGACACUAGAUGCGCUCAUUUCCUUUAACAAGAGAACACUUGUUCUGUUCCCCAAUGUAGAUGCAGGAAGCAAAGAGAUGGUUCGGGUGAUGAGGAAGAAGGGCAUUGAACAUCAUCCCAAUUUUCGGGCGGUGAAGCACGUCCCAUUUGACCAGUUCAUUCAGCUAGUUGCCCACGCUGGUUGUAUGAUUGGGAACAGCAGUUGUGGUGUCAGAGAAGUGGGCGCAUUUGGCACACCUGUUAUCAACUUGGGGACACGUCAGACAGGAAGAGAAACAGGUGAAAAUGUUCUUCAUGUUCGUGAUGCUGACACACAGGAUAAAAUUCUGCAUGCACUACAGCUCCAGUUUGGUAAGCAGUAUCCAUGCUCAAAAAUAUAUGGUGAUGGUAAUGCUGUUCCAAGGAUUUUGAAGUUCCUUAAAUCUAUUGACCUCAAAGAGCCAUUGCAAAAGAAAUUCUGUUUUCCUCCUGUCAAAGAUAAUAUCUCUCAAGAUAUAGACCACAUUCUAGAGACACAGAGUGCUUUGGCUGUGGACUUAGGUGGAACUAAUCUCCGAGUAGCAAUUGUCAGUAUGAAGGGUGAAAUAGUUAAGAAGUAUACCCAGCUCAACCCUAAAACUUAUGAAGAUAGACUAGAUUUAAUUCUAAAGAUGUGUGUAGAAGCUGCAUCGGAGGCAGUAAAUCUGAACUGCAGAAUUUUGGGAGUAGGUAUUUCUACAGGUGGACGAGUAAACCCUCGAGAAGGAAUUGUACUUCACUCCACAAAACUCAUUCAGGAGUGGAGCUCUGUAGAUCUCAGAACCCCAAUAUCUGAUGCUCUGCACUUGCCAGUCUGGGUGGAUAAUGAUGGAAACUGUGCUGCUUUAGCAGAAAGGAAAUUUGGUCAUGGAAAAGGAAUAGAAAAUUUUGUAACACUCAUCACUGGUACAGGAAUUGGAGGUGGAAUCAUACAUCAACAUGAAUUGAUCCAUGGCAGUUCUUUCUGUGCUGCUGAGCUUGGGCAUAUUGUAGUAUCUUUAGAUGGACCAGAGUGCCUGUGUGGUAGCCAAGGAUGUAUAGAAGCAUAUGCCUCUGGAAUAGCAUUACAAAGAGAAGCUAAGAAACUGCAUGACGAGGAUCUGCUUUUAGUAGAAGGAAUGUCAAUGAAGAAUGAAGAAGUUGUUAGUGCUGCACAUCUCAUUCAAGCGGCUAAACUUGGAAACACAAAGGCAGAAAGCAUUCUCAGAACAGCUGGUACAGCAUUAGGACUUGGAGUUGUGAACAUUCUGCACACCAUGAAUCCCUCUCUCGUGAUUCUUUCUGGAGUCCUGGCCAGUCACUAUAUUAAUGCUGUCAAAGAUGUGAUACAUCGACAGGCUCUGUCUUCUGUUAAAACUGUGGAUGUGGUGGUCUCAAAUCUGGCAGAUCCUGCUCUUCUUGGAGCUGCUAGCCUGGUACUGGAUUAUACUACCCGUAGAAUAUACUAGAUGCCUGGAAGAAUUACAGAAAUGAACUUUCAUAUUCCUUAUGGGUGGAGGGAAUACUUUGCCCAAAAUCUUCCUCUGACCAGAGCAGCUACAGAAUCAGAGUAAUAAUGUUCUAAAUAGUUAGUGACUACUUCAACAUUUCCUAAUUGAGGUAUUACCUUUUUGUAUUUUUUCUAAAUUUCAUCAAAAUUCAUAGAAACUAUUGUGCAAUUCUGUUGAUUUUAAUCACCUCAAAGCUCAGAUGUUGCUUUAAGUGUAGCUGAAUUAUUUAUGAGCAUAUUUUGAUGUACAGUAGGAAAUAUGUGUUUUGUGUCAAAUUAUAGCUAAUACUUGGGGAUCCAGUUCUCAUUUUUCACCUUUGUGAAAUGAGAAGUCUACAAUGUGACCAGCUUUUCGAUUUACAGGUUUCCACCCACAAAGUAAAUAUGAUACAAUCACCAACAGCAGGUGUUAGUUUCUGUAAGUGGAAACAACGGAAGGUGCCUCCGCAAACAAAGAAGCUCUAUUUAGAAGUGGUUUGUGAAGGAUUUGGAGGAUACAGUUAUUUAUUACAUCGCCUUUAGAGGGCAGAGUCCCAUUUUAGAAGCUUUGCAUAUGAAGGAGAAAGGCGGUUGUUUUGUGAGCUUGCAGGCUGCAAGAGCAGUCCAAACAAACUGACAAGUGUAGCAGGGUUCACCUUUGUGUUCUGGCUACAGCCCGCAGUAAAUAAUAUUAUUGUGGAGGUUGAAUUUCAUUUUAAUGGGUAUUCUCAAGGGACUUUGUCCACAACUUUGUCUUCCACAUUAGCAGAGGGGACUUUAUUCUUCAGUGGCCAGUUAUCUGACAGCCAAUAAUGUGGUACAUAUGAGCAUAAAGACUGCCUUUUGAGAAAUCUCAUUCACUGCAGUGACAUAGUGCAUCUCCUCAGCAGUGCUGGAGCGGCAGGUGAAGUGUCAGUGAUGUCCAACAUUUACCAUCAACUCACAGGAUGGAAAGUUAAAUCUGAGCCUCAUCCUCACACAUUCAAGGUAUUCAUUAGCCUUGGAGCAACUAACCUUAAAGGGUUGCCUUGUUAAAACACAGUUUAUAUGACACUCUGGAAGUUUCUACAGGAAACAUUCUGAGAGAGAGAGGGCUUUUCUGGGACCUGUGUAGAGGCCGAAGAUCACACAGUGUAGUGUGUACAUUUAAGGAAGGCAGGUUUCUUUAACUAGACCAAUUGGAUACAUAGUUCUGUCUCUACUGAUCUGCUUUUUAGCAUGCUUUCAAGAUACUGUAGUAUUGACAAUUACUUGACACAAGAAGAAACUGAAAAACAGGACAAUAUAAGUGGUCAGCUAUCCCAGAAGGAAGACAGCUGCCAGAGAAACAAUCUUGUAUCCUGGCAUUUCAUGAAUUAUCUGCUCCAUAGUAAGGAUAUACUGGCUCUUAACCUUUGCUAAGUUGCAUCAGGCUUUAUGUGUUCCUUUUCAUUUAGCAUCUGGAUUUAGUUGACGAGUUCCAGUAACUUCAAUACCAGAGCAGUAGCUCCAUGAGCAGGUCAAGAAGUCCGUUUUGAUCUAUAUUUGACAGCAGCUCAGGGUGGGGGUAAAAGUACUGAGGCUCUAACAGAGAGAAUAUCUAUCAUUUGACCUUUCCAUCCCCAAAGCAUCACAAGGAAUGUCUGAUAAAAAGUGGGACCAGGUUUUGCUUUCCAGACCUCCUAAUGCUGUUUCCCUUUUGACAUCUCAGAUAAAAUUUUUCCUUAGCAGCUGAAGGGAGAUGGCAGGCACUGACAAAAUAUGAAAGAUAUUUAAACAUUUCAAAACAUUUGAUAAAAUAAAUCAAAAGUCUUUUCUCUUUAAAAAAACCAGUUAUUAAUUAAAAUGUUUCUGAAGUUGUUUUUUUCUGGCAACUGGACAAAAACCAGCUGCAAAGGGGCAAGUGGUGCAGAAGCCCUUGGUUUUCCUGAGACAGUCGUCAGUUUAUAAAAUUAAAAAGAUGUUCAUAUUUAAAA